AUGAUGGAAGCAAACAAGACAUACAUAACUGAGUUUGUUCUCACAGGACUCACAGAUAUUCCAGAGCUUCAGCUUCCUCUUUUUCUGGUGUUCUUAGUCAUAUAUCUCACCACUAUGGUGGGAAAUCUUGGACUUAUUUUUCUCAUCUGGAAAAACCCCCAUCUUCACACCCCAAUGUACUUAUUUCUUGGUUCUUUAGCCUUUGAAGAUGCUUGUUCUUCAUCUUCCAUUACUCCCAAAAUGCUAGUGAAUUUUUUAUCUAAAACUCAGAUGAUAUCCCUAGUUGAAUGCAUUACCCAAUUUUAUUUUUUUGCUUCCAGUGCAAACACAGAAUGUUUCCUCUUAGUUGUAAUGGCUUAUGACCGCUAUGUUGCUAUAUGCAAUCCAUUGAUUUACCCAGUAAUUAUGUCUAAGAACUUCUCCAUUCAUUUAUUAGUCAUUUCAUAUGCUAUUGGAUUCCUUCAUCCCAUGAUGCAUGUGGGUUUGUUAUUUAGAUUAUCUUUCUGCAACUCCAAUGUAAUUCAUUAUUUCUACUGUGAAAUUUUACAACUUCUCAAGAUAUCCUGUACUGACCCAGCAGUGAAUAUGAUCCUGAUUAUUAUAUUUUCUAUCCUUAUCCAAACUUCUACUUUUAUAAUUAUCAUAACUUCUUACUGCUUUAUUCUCUUUGCUAUCUUAAAAAAAAAGUCUACAAAGGGCCGAAGCAAGGCCUUCUCUACAUGCAGUGCCCAUCUGCUCUCUGUGUCUUUAUUUUACGGCACUCUCUUCUUCAUGUAUGUGCGUCCUGGGUCUGGAUCAGCUGAAAAUAAGGAUAAAAUGUAUUCUUUGUUUUACACAAUCGUAAUUCCAUUUCUAAAUCCGUUUAUAUACAGUUUGAGGAACAAAGAGGUUCUAGAUGCCUUGAAAAGAGUGAUAAAUAAAAAAACGGUUUUCUGGGAAAAUUAA